AGCGGUCCCCGGACCCUUCCGUCAUCGUUGACAUCAGUCCCGCAACAGUCCGAUGCGUCUCACCGGUGGCCCCACCAAACAAGACCAAACAAUGUUUCCUCUACCCCGCCGCUGAACCGAUUCUAUCAGGAGACUGGCGUUCACCGUGAAACGUAUUUAGUAUUUCCAAACAUCCCUUAGCUCAUUUUAAAAGUUUGAUAGUACAUCGUCCACAAUGUCUCUCUCCAACAAGCUUGCUAUCACUGACGUCGACCUCAAGGACAAGCGUGUCCUGAUCCGGGUCGACUUCAACGUGCCUCUCGACGCGGACAAGAAGAUCACCAACAACCAGCGUAUCGUCGGUGCUCUGCCUACCAUCAAGUAUGCUGUCGAGAAUGGUGCCAAGGCUGUUAUCCUUAUGUCUCACCUCGGCCGUCCCGAUGGCAAGGUCAACCCUAAGUACAGUCUGAAACCUGUUGUCCCUGAACUGGAGAAGCUGCUCGGCAAGAGCGUCAUCUUCACCGAGGACUGCGUCGGCAAGGAGGUCGAGGAGACCGUUAACAAGGCCUCCGGUGGCCAGGUUAUCCUCCUUGAGAACCUACGCUUCCACGCCGAAGAGGAGGGCAGCUCCAAGGACGCCGAAGGCAAGAAGGUCAAGGCUGACAAGGAGAAGGUUGCCGAGUUCCGCAAGGGAUUGACUGCCCUGGGUGACAUCUAUAUCAACGACGCUUUCGGAACUGCCCACCGUGGCCACAGCUCCAUGGUCGGUGUCGACCUCCCCCAGAAGGCCUCUGGCUUCCUUGUGAAGAAAGAGCUUGAGUACUUCGCCAAGGCUUUGGAGAGCCCACAGCGCCCCUUCCUCGCCAUUCUGGGAGGCGCCAAGGUGUCUGAUAAGAUCCAGCUCAUCGACAACCUGCUGCCCAAGGUCAACAGCCUGAUCAUCACCGGUGCCAUGGCUUUCACCUUCAAGAAGACCCUCAAGAACGUCAAGAUUGGCAACAGCUUGUUCGAUGAGGCUGGUAGCAAGAUCGUCGGCGAGAUUGUUGAGAAGGCCAAGAAGAACAACGUUGAGAUUGUUCUGCCAGUUGACUACGUCACUGCUGACAAGUUUGCCGCUGACGCGAAGGUUGGCUAUGCCACCGAUGCUGAAGGUAUCCCUGACGGCUACAUGGGUCUGGAUGUCGGCGAGAAGAGUGUUGAGCUUUACAAGAAGACCAUCGCCGAGGCUAAGACCAUCCUCUGGAACGGUCCUCCUGGUGUCUUUGAGAUGGAGCCCUUCGCCAAUGCUACCAAGAAGACUCUUGACGCCGCUGUUGCCGCUGCCCAGUCGGGCUCCAUUGUCAUUAUCGGCGGUGGAGACACCGCUACCGUUGCCGCUAAAUAUGGUGUUGAAGAUAAGCUCAGCCACGUCUCCACCGGUGGUGGCGCUUCCUUGGAGCUUCUGGAGGGCAAGGAGCUCCCUGGUGUCGCUGCUCUGUCAAGUAAGUAAGCAAAACGCAAAUAAUGUGUUGGAAGGGGGAAAGCGCUGGCUUUGUGCCCUUAGUGCCUUCUCGCCUAUGAGAGACGUUUCACUUUCAUAAAUAUAAUGUACACGAGACAAAUUAAUCUAAAAUUAGCAAUUUUUUUAUUAUUCUCCUUCUCUUUAAUGAGCGGUUCUGAUGACAAGAGUACAAUGACAUAGUGAUGGGCCCGAAGCUGUGAUUGUCCUAGUCACUCGAAUGGAACGCCGGAAGAUGAUUUAGCAUGAACGUUGAAUUCGUUUCACGACUAGAUCGUAGGUACUUAUAGAAUACGUGAAGAGAAACGCAUAUUCAAGCUGCCGCCUCCUGGGGUCUGUCGGCUUGCUAUCAAGCAUCCCGUUAUAGGCUGCCUCCUCAACAGCACAUCCUUAACCCCCCAACACAGCGCAGUUGUUCAAUGGAGACCCAAGAUGAAGUCUUCAAACACCGAGAU